UCGGUGUCACAUCAAUUUCAGUGCAAGAGAUGUUUGACAGAACACACUCCUCAGGAUCAGACGAUGAAGAUCGUACCGCUUCAGAUCUAUCUGUUGAUGGUGUCUUCAGUCACAGAGAGUGUAAGAAACACAGCAGUAAGUUUAGGAUCUGAGGUGAUUAUAAGCUGUGAUCUUGAUAUAAAGGACGUUUACUGGAUCAGACACAAAUCACCAGAUUCUCCAGAGAUCAUCUUACGCACUUUCAGCAGCACUAGUGAAGAUCCUGAAUAUAAAAACGACAUCUUCGAACCCAAAUAUUCAGUGAAAACUAACAGCCGUCUGUGGAUCAGAAAUAUCAGCACUGAUGAAUCAGGAGUUUAUUAUUGUGUUAAAACUAGUGAACCACUAAAGUUCAGCAACGGAACCAGAAUCUACAUCAACGACUCGGUCCCCGAGAAUCAGAGAGACUGUGAUGAUGAUCCACACCACGAGACUCAGUGGAGAAACCUGGCCAUCACGUCCGUCCUGAUCAACGGGAUUUUAAUCAUCGCAGUAAUAGGUCUGGCCAAGGUCUACCUUGACGUGACUAAGAGAUCUAAAAAAACCUCAGAGAAACCUGAAAACAUAAAUGACUUACAGUAUGCUGAAGUUGAUUUCUCCAAGCGCUCCAGAAGAACCAGACCCUGUCCACGUCCAGACCAGGACCAGACCACGUACUCUCUGCUACAGCCAGUAAAAACCGUUUAAUAACACCACAAACUGUAGCUACAUAUUAAUACCUUUGCAUUGUUGUUUUUAAUACAUUCUUCUCAUUGUUUUUGCUCAGUCCAUGCUUGUUCUUCUUCUAGUACCAAUAUACCCCCAUACUGAAACAACUAAACGAACCUUGUUUAAUUAAAGACUAAUGUAGUCUCGUUUCAUCAUACUUAUAAAUAUAUAGAGCAUAAAAUGAUAAUAUAAUGGUGUACACUUUUAUUAAGUACUAUUAUUAUUACACAGACCAUUUUAAAAAUAUAUUUUGACCUGUGAGUUUGUGAUGCUCAUGUGAGAAAUGAGAGUAAAAGUGAACCGCAGGGUGAAUGUGGUUUGUGUUUUAGCCGCUUCUUACACACUCAGCUCUCCAUCUUUUAUGUUUCGCAGACAUUUUACAGCUACAAUAAAAAUAUAACAUGAAUUUCGCUCAUUAAGGAAUUCGUU